AUGCCAAAUUUACAAGAACACCAAAGCAUUUUACUGCCGCAAGCCUAUUUGACUAAUUUUCACAAUAGAAUAAGAAAUGAACCAACUAUCUCAUUACUCGACACUUCCUUGGCAAAAACUCAGGUACGGGGCCAUAAAAGAGCAAAAGUUGUCAACUAUGCUGAGUUCGAUAACGAUCUAUUCGACGAUUUGAUCGGUGAAGAGAACAGUGACAAUGAAUAUUCAAAUUAUAAUCAGGCCACUAGUAAUGCUGGUAAUUCUGCUAACGAUUAUAAUGGUAGUAACAACAAUAACAACAACAACAACAACAACUUUAUAAACUCUGCUCUGUUUGACCGUAACAACUUCCAUAAUAGUAAAAGUAAUAAUAAUGAAUAUGGAGAUAAUCUGAAUUAUCCAAUGUUAUCUGGUACACAUUCUGAUUCAUUCGAUAAUAAUAACAACUACAGCAAUAACCUGGAUCAUGAAGAUGAUAAUUACAACAACAAUAAUACUACUGGUAAUACCAACUUUUCUAAGAAAAUUGAUCUUAAAGACAGACUACCUGACUUGGACGAACAAGAUGACGUAUUUAAUGUACUUAGAUAUCCAAAGAUUAGAGAAACUUUCCAACAGAGUAAAAUUGUGACUCCCUAUAGAUUGGAUCUAUUUAAAAAUAUUAGUAUGAAUCCUCCAAUAUCAUCUGCUAUAUCCUCGAUCCUUGAUACUACUGCUAUUACUUCUACUACUACUACUACUACUACUACUACCGAUAAUAACAUUGAAAUAGAUAACAAUUCAAAGUUAGAACCUAUCAUCGUACCAAUCGCAUUAAAUAUUGAGAGUAAUGGUGUUAAAAUAAUAGACCACUUCACGUGGAACAUCAAUGAUUCAUCAAUGACACCUGAGGAAUUUGCCAACAUCUAUUGCCAGGAUCUAGAUUUGCAAAAUAACUCCACCUUGAAUCAACAGAUAGUCAAUACCAUAAAUGACUUAAUCAAAGAAUAUGAAACUGUAGCCUCUAUUAAGUUCGAUCAAGACUUGCAAAUUCUGAUCAAUUUGACUUGCCAUUUACAGGACUAUUUCCUAGAAGAUAACUUCCAGUGGAAUCUAAAUGAUUCAAGCCUCACUCCAGAACUCUUCGCUGAGAUCCUGGUCACUGAUCUAGGAUUGAAAAGAGAGUUUUUACCAGUCGUCACAUAUUCCCUAUACGAAACUAUAUUGAAAGUUAAAAAAGAAUACCUAGAAGGCAAUAGUAAUAAUACUAGUACUAAUAUCACUAACUUAAAUAAUGAAGCUGCGUUUGGAUAUCUUGCUGGUGUUCGAUUGAACCUCGAUGAUUUAGGAGAAAACUGGGCUCCAAAGAUUGAAUUAUUGACACCAGAAGAAAUUCAAAGGAAGGAAAUUGAGAAAGAAAGAAAAUUGAGAAGAUUGAAAAGAGAAAAUGAUAGAUUAAGUAGACGUGGUAGAAGAAGAUUGGAUGAGUUAGAGUUGACGAUGAAAUUGUAA